GCUCCGGCUGGGGCGGGCAGAGCCCGGGGCUGCCCAGGGGGCUGGUCCCAGCUGCAGAAAGCCCCCCCGGCCGGGCACGGAGGGGUUAAUGUCGGGCCCCCCAGCAGGGACCCUCCGGGUCCCACGGAGCCAGCAGCUACGUCUGGUCCAGCCCGCCCCCGGGCUCCGGGCUUCGUCCUCCCGCCCCCUGCCUCGCAGCCCCCGCCCGGCCUGUGCCCUGCAAGCAGAGGGGCCCUUUGAGCCCCCACGAGAGCAUCGGGCCCCUCUGGGAAAAGAGAGAGAAGCAGCCAAAGCCGAGGAGCAGCAGCAAAGCGAGGAGCUGCUGAAACAAACAGAAGCCGAGAGGCAGAAGAUGGUCUGGGAGUGGCAGGAGCUGCGAGGGUUUCUGGAGGAGCAGGAGCAGCAGCUGCUGUCCUGGCUAGAAGAGGUAGAGAGAGCCAUUGUCCAGAGAAGGGAUGAGGACAUCUGCAGACUGUCCUGGGAGAUAUCCCUGCUCAGGGAGCAGGGAGGAGAGAAGGGGCAGCCGCCGCUGAGCCAGUCCCUGCAGGGUGCUGGGAGCACCUGGGGAAGCAGGGAGGAUGGGAGAUUUCCAAGGCUGGAGCCAGGGUAUGGGGAGCUGGAGAAGAGACUCAGCGAUUUCUCUCUGAAAAGUGCCAUGCUGCAGGAGGUGCUGCUGGGAUUCAAAGGCUGCAGAAUAACAUCCCUGGGUCACUCCAGAUUCUCCCAGCCUGCCCGGCAAAGGGAAAUGGGCAUGGCAGAGCUGGCUCAGGGGCCGGUGACCUUCGAGGAGGUGGCUGUGUAUUUCACCAGGGAAGAGUGGGCUCUGCUGGACCCCGCUCAGAGAGCCCUCUGCAGAGACGUCAUGCAGGAGAACCAUCAGAAUGUGACCUCGCUGGCACCUGGCAUUGGCCACUGUUGGAAGACAGGACACUGGGCUAGAUGGACCUUUGGUGUGACCCAGUGUGGCUGUUCUUAUAUCUGCUCCCAUGCUGGAACCCUGUCCGCCAGCGCUGAAGCCUGCCUGUGCCUUUCCAUUUGCCAUGAAUCCUUCCCUCUUUGGUAUUGCACAUGGUUGUUGGCCCUCUCCAGGAUGUCAACCAUAAGUUCAUUGUGGACACACUACCUCUGGGACAGGUCUGUGAUGGUACAAAGACCCAAGUUUCUGCUGGAGUGUUCACGAGCUGCUGACGUAUGACAGACAGGACAGGUCGAACUGCUUGCAAGCAGACAUAAAACAAAACAUUAUUGUCUCAGUGAUUCCAAAACGGCUCAGUGCAAAAGCUCAGAAAAAAAAAAUACUGGUGGAAUCUGAAAGAAGAAUUGAAUAUUUUGUAAAACUGACCUUCAGUAUAGUGUGAGAGGAAUGCUGCAGAUCCCAGAAACUCCAUGGACACUACUGGGUUAAUUGCAAUGAAAAGAACAUACAGAGAAUGGUAACUUUAAAAUAACAAUUUUGCUUAAAAUUGCAGAACAUUUGGGGCUCUGGGGGAAGGGGGAUGGCCAUGACCUACUCCAGAGGCAUUCUCUAUCAUUUCAAGCAUUGUACAUUUUGGAGGAUGUCAUGGAGUCCCCAGGCGAUGCUCUGGAACUGCUCCCCACGAAGCCAGUCAGGACUCUGGGGAAGUCUCCUCUCUGGGAGCAGCCUGUCUGCAGGACACACAGCUCACCCGGCUUCCACCUUCCUGGGUCUGACCUCGGAGCAUUCAGCAUCCUCUGCCCCUCCGUGCGCUUCCCACAGCCAGUCCGCCCAAGUGGGGUCCUGGGGAAGCCAGAGGGUCCUGCCCCCCAACUCUGCAGUCAGGUGUGACUCUCAGCUAGCCAUUAAAACAGAGGUUUAUUAGACGACAGGAAUGUGGUCGAAAACAGAGCUUGUAGGUUCAGAGAACAGGACCCCUCAGCUGUGUCCAUUUUGGGGGGCAGUGAGCCAGACAACUCCGUCUGCACUUCACUCCUCGUCCCCAGCCAGCGCCAAACUGAAACUCUCUCCAGCACCUCCUCCUCUGGGCUUUGUCCCUUUCCCGGGCCAGGAGGUCACCUGAUUCCUUUGUUCUCCAACCCUUUAGCUCUCACCUUGCAGGGGGGAAGGGCCAGGCCAUCAGUUGUCAGGAAAUAGGGUGUCGGCCCUUCUCUGUGUCCAGACCCCUGCACACACCUGCCCUUUAGGGCUCUGCAAUGAUCAUACACCCUUAUCCCACCACCUAGAUACUUAAGAACUGCAUAGGGGAAACUGAGGCACCCCCACAAUAUUCAGAGACAACAUUAAGAACAGUCCCACUUCGUCACAUCUCUCCCCCCUUCAAGACCGAACUGAGUAAGGUCACUUUAGCCAGUGACCUGGGGAAGUUCGACCCCACCAACGUUUCCAUGCAUGCCCCAGCAUCUCUCCCAUUCCCUAGCAUUGGCUUGCAUCAGCCCCACACCCCGCCCUGUGUCUGAGAUGUCGGUGAACACUGUAAAGGCCUUGGCAAAGUCUGGGUUUACCAGAUUUACUGGGCCCUGUAUUAGAGCCUUCUUCAACGCACAGAGAGCCCUCUGGCACUGCUCAGUCCAGACCAGCUCGUCUGGCUUCCCCUUCAGUUGCAGUAAACUGCUUGCAAAGACUACCAUGGGGAUUCCUUUCCCUAGGGGAUUUUCUACGUAACAAUUCACCCUUCACAGAAAUUCUGCCCUUAACCUCUUCACCUAGGGCUUGCUCUAGAGGAACACUUUCCUGAGCAACAACAGACUCUUUCUGGGACUCACUUACAUCCAGAAUUACCUCUGGCCUAUCAGGUGGAUUCCUACACAAUCCCCUUUCAGGCAAACUUACAGACUUCCUAGAUAAAAGGCUAGAAGCAUUCGCCUUCCCUUUGCCACACACAAGUUCAGGAAUCUUUUCCUUCUUGCGACAGGUUUCCACACCCUCAGUAGGUAACACAAUCAAAUCACCUUUCUGCUCUCCUUGUGCCCUGGCUAGGAUCUCACCCUGAUUAGACAGAGUUGCUACACCCUUUCCCAGCAACACACUAGCAACAGGCAAAAUACAAGCACCAGAAUUAUCUGGUCUCUGGGAUUUUGCUAGGACACUAACUGAAUGCAACCUAGUUACAGGGCCAUUCUCCCGAGCAGACACAAACUUAGGACCCUUCCCUUCCUAGGCUUUAGUUGAAUCCAGAACCAACUCUGAGACAACUGCACUAUUCUCAACCAUCACAGGCUGAAAGGCCCCUUCUGUCUGCUCCACAGACAAAGCAGAGCCGGAGACACAUUCUCCUUUCCCAGACACACAGCUUGGGAUCUCAUUCCGCUGGUCCCAGCACACAAGGCUGUUCACAGACAAGUGCUUGGAGAUCAGGGUAGCUCCCUCCACAGGCAAGUCAAUACCCCUGACAGUCACAGGCACGUUUCCUUCACUGUCCCAAUUCUCCACCCAGCUAACAGGUAAGGUCCAGGGACACUCAUCUGCCACUCUCCUCGCCUUCCCACCCUGCUGACUAGACACAGCCAUCAGCUCACAAGGCUGCCUAGGCUCAUCCAAACUUUCCUUACCAAGCACCUUGCCACUCCCAACAGAUAAACUGCUGCUUCUUCUCACUACCCUGAGCUACUUCCAGCAAAUCGCAGCUACCCUUCUCAGGUUCCCUUUUACAAGGUGUGCUCUCAAAGUUCUGUUGUCCUUCCCUUACCAACCUCUGCUUCCAAAAGGAACUAGAUGUUAAAUUCACUGAGAGACUACACGUCAUAUCCAAAGUGUCUAGAGAUGAGAGUAGACCUGCCAUCCUCGAGAGAUUAACUACCCAGCUGUUCUGCUCUGCAGACUCAGCUACCCAGUCUUCCCUCUCGCUGGCUGGGCCUGGGGUCACAGCCCCGCUGAGCCCUGUCCCUGGUAGCUCCAUCCUUGCCGUGGACUCACUUCCCAGCAGCACCUCUGGACAAGGCAAACCCGGUUGGCAGCUGACCUGCCCUGCCUGUGGGUCCCCCCAUUCAUCUGGGGUCUUAUCUUCCCCCUUGCUCAGCGCUGCCCUUGCUGUUCCAGUGGGGGCAGGCAGUGAGCUCUCUGCUCUCCUUACAGCAUCAGAGCCAGCAGGAGCCUCAUCUCAGUGUGCAAGGGGGUGGGGAGCAUCUCUCUGUCCCACCCAGCCCCACGAGUCUGGUUACAGGUAGGCAGGUAUCCUGAGCUUAGCAGCUCCUCCCUCCUGCCAGCCAGGUCAUUUGCAUUUUCACUGACAAUUUCCGUCUUAGCCAAUUGGUUCCCUGGAUUCAAAUUCAAACCCCUGGCCGUUACAGGAGCAGGGCCUGGAUCCUGUCCCAAAGAGACACAGUCACUCCCCAACAGGGUCUCACAGCCGAUAUCCUGGAGAACCCCAACGACUAGCCAGCCCGACCCCUUCUGUGUCCGCACAGGGAUCUGGGCCAUAGGCAGGGCAAGGGGCUUCGUCCCUGGGACCUUCACCCAGCUCACACAGCCCCUCAGCAUCUGGUUGGGCUGCACCAUCCGGGGCCUGACAAUAGUUCUCUCUGUCCCAGCAUCUCGCCACCCCAGGAAUGUCUCCCCAUUGACCAUCACCUUCCGCUCCCACUGGGGGUCCAAGGGGCCUGGCCCCAGGAGACUCCACACAGACAUAUAGGUUGGGGUCAGGAGUGGGAGCCUGUCCACUUCCCCACCCAUCUGGCUGACGGAAUCUACGGCCUUGGGACCCAGCAAGGGAGCUAGACACCGAGGCUUUUCUGCAGAGUCCCCCUUCGUUCAAAUCUCGAGCCUGCUCAAAGGCAGUGGGGUGGCAUCCACAUCCCCCCCUCCUUAACCAGGGGCAGCAAUUUAGUCUUGAGGUUCCCUGCGGAACUGGCCCCCCGGGGUCUAUCCCCACUCACCCCUGGGAGGUCCCCUAGGCCUCUCCGCUCCACCACCACCAGUUCAUGCUGCUGCUGCUUCUGCAGCUCUUUCUGGGCUCUCUCGGACUCAGCUCCCAUCCCGUCCAUUCCCCUGAUGGGGAACCCGAUCGGGAAGACCCUCGUCUGGGCGGGGACAGGAGUCUUGGGGUGCCUGGCUACCACUCCAGCUGCUCCCAGAUCCUGCUAUAGCCCCAUUUGGGGUCAGGAAUCUGUUCCUUAGAGCGGUCAUCCUCCUCCAGCUGCACAAUUAACUGUACUUUGGUGAACUUUCCAACGUGUAACCCUCGCUUUCUGCACAGGGUUACAAUGUCCUUCUUAAGGAGACGGUGACAGGCCAUCACUCCGCCCUUCCCAAGUUGCUGUGGACUCACAGGCCUGUGUGCUCUCAGCUCCCCACGGUUUCCAGGGAGAACCCCUAGUGUGCCAGCCCUUCUCGCGGUCACCUCCUCUUUGCCAGGGUCGAGCUGCAGACUCCUCCGCCGCUGGGACAGCUUGCUGCAAUCCCCAGAGGAACCCUGUUACUGCAAAAGUCCUUCUCUCUCCCAGGGCCAAGCCACAGGCUCCUCCACCCCUGAGACUGCUCAC